CGAGGCCAGCAGCACACCGCCGGCAGCAGCAAGCAGCAGCAGCAGCAAAUAACAAUAACAAAGAGCCGAGACAACAACAACAGCAGCAGCAGAAUACUAAGCACCACUCCCCCCCGGACACGUUUCCACCACCACCAUCGCAGGCGAUGGCGGCGACGAAGCUGAGCGAGACGCGGGCGGACCCCGGCGCGGCCUUGACGAUGGCCGUGUACUCUGCUCCGGACACGCCGGCCUCAAGCUCAGCCUCCUCCACCUUAACCUCCUCAAACUCGACCGCCACGUCCACCGCUUCGUCCUCCUCCUCGUCGUCCUCGUCGUCAACAUCGUCAACAUCGUCCACGUCCCCGCCCGCCCUCGCCCGCCUGGAAGCCCGCGACUUGGCGUACGUGGUCCGCCAGCGGCGGGUGACGGUGGGUCGCAACUCGAGCCAGGGCGACGUGGACGUGGACAUGGGCCACUCCACGUUCAUCUCGCGGCGACACCUCGAGCUGCUGCUGGAGGGGCCCGCGUGCCUGCUGCGGUGCCUCGGCAAGAACGGCGUCUUCGUGGACGGCGUGUUCCAGCGACGCGGGGCCACGCCGAUGCAGCUGCCGCGCACGUGUACAUUCCGGUUUCCCAGCACCAAUAUCCGGCUGACAUUCCGGAGCCUCUACGACGAGAGGAAGGAGGUGGCAGAGUUGACGCCGAGGCCACCAUCUCCCAUGAAGCCGCUGCAAACCAACGUCUCACCGCUGGCGAUCAACAUUCCGGAUCCGGCCAUGGACUUUGUGAGCCCCUUGCCAUCUCCCACGGGCACCAUCAGCGCCGCCAGCUCGUGCCCAUCAAGUCCCGCGGGGGCCGGUUCCUCGGGGUACCGGCUGGGACGCGGCGCCGCACCGGACCUGCAGCUCGUGGCUGAGUACGCGGCGCAGGCGGCAUGCGAUCAGGAGAAGGACAAGGACACGACGUCGGAAGGCGACGGUCCCAAGGAUGAGUCGAAGCCACCCUACUCGUAUGCCCAGCUAAUCGUGCAGGCCAUCACAUCUGCCCUUGACAAGCAGCUGACACUCAGUGGCAUCUACGCUCACAUCACCAAGCACUACCCCUACUACCGGACCGCGGACAAAGGGUGGCAGAACUCGAUCCGGCACAACCUGUCGCUGAACCGCUACUUUGUGAAGGUGCCGCGCUCGCAGGAGGAGCCGGGCAAGGGCUCCUUCUGGCGCAUCGACCCCCCAUCGGAAGGCAAGCUCGCCGAGCAGGCCUUUCGCAAGCGGCGACAGCGCGGCGUGCCCUGCUUUCGCACGCCCUUCGGGCCCCUCUCCUCCAGGAGCGCACCACCCUCGCCCACACAGGGGGUGCUGCUAUCGCAGCCGUCGAGCGGCGUGCAGACCCCCGACAGCCUGUCCCGCGAGGGCUCACCGGUGCCCACUGGGCUCGGUGAGAACGAGGGCCCUGCGCCCGCGAACACCACUGCCGCCGCCGCCGCCGCAACUGCCGCCACCGCCACCGCCGACCCUUCCAGGCUCCCGUCUGUCCCAGAGUCGCGGUGCUCGCAAAGUGCGCCUGGAUCCCCCGUGUCCAGCCCGCCUCUGGUGGUUCAUCAUCAGCUGCCGCCGGUCGUCAGCAAACCCGUCAGCUAUGCAUUAGCCACGCCGGCACCCAGCUCCCAGCAUUCCGUGCGGCAUGCAGCAUCACCCUCAUUACAAGCCGCCAAGAAUUCCGUUCUCCAAGUCAUGUCGCUCCACUCCGCACAUUCCCAGAAGCCUCUUUUGCACAUUUCCCAAAAUUCCGUGCUGCUCACCACAGCGGUGCCCAUCUCCCAGAAUUCCAUGCUGCAGGUAAUGACGCCUGCCAGCCUGGUCUCCGCAAAUUCCGUGUGCACCUAUCCCGGUGUGACCAACGGGUGCAUUCCCAAGGCUUCGCAAGGGGAGGAGGAUGGAGAUAUGAAAGAUGAGACGGAAUCAAAGCCGUUCGUGGCGAUCGCCCCCCAUGGGGGCGUUAUUCAAGUUGUACCGCCUUCCCACAAUCCCGCGGGGCAAGUGGUGGCAGUCGUGCAGCCUUCCCAGAAUGCCCUGUUGCAGGGGCCUACGGUCGGCUCGCUGGGCGGCGUGGGGUGUGCGCAUGAUGCGGGGAGCAGCGAUGCUGGCGGCCGUGUGGCCGUGCCGGUGUCGCAGGGAGUGGCUGUGGUGACGCAGACACCUCACAGCCAACAGCAGCAGCAGGGCCCAGGCAGCAGCAGCGUCCACCACAAUGGGUCCCAUGCCUCAUCCAUCUCCCAGUUUCAGCAAAAUCACGGUGGCGAGCGGCGGCCCGAGGUCAAACCUACGUCGCUGCUGGCGUCCAAGCGCGCCGCCGCCGCCACGAAUUCUCACGGCGUGGGCCUUCCGGCCGACUCGGAGCCCGAAAGGAAACGUGCGAAAUCCGAGGGCGUCGGCAAUGGGAGCGAACCGCUCCCCCCUCAAGCCGAGAAGAGUACUCACGUUGUCGAGCACAACUCCAAAAACUGAGGUGGGGGGGCGUGGCCCCUACCGUCGUCAGCGGCGGCGGUGGUGAGGGUUGCGUACCCCCUGAGUUAGGGCGUCUGCCUUCCCCCCCCCCCGCCUUCCCCCGCGCGCGUGUGAGACUUAGUCACCGGUGCAUAUACCACUUGUGUAUUUUUGCCACUUUUAAUGUGCUUCGGUGCCAAAAAAUAUAUAUAUCCUAUUUUUGGAAAUAAAUGUCAUGGCAGGGCACUCUAUAAAGUGUGAAAUAAACAGAAAUACGACAAGUGUGUUGGUGAAAAAAAAAAACUAUUUUUCUCAUUAAUUGACUGGCCUUGCACAUGUAUGUUUGCAACUCUCAAAUCAAAAGUUUCGAACUCAAUUGUAACUGAGGAAAUGUGAUUAUCGUUGCCCAACAGCAGAAAAUUUUGGUUUGUAACAAUUGGCAAAUUACGCAUUGUGAUUUUUAACACAGUGAUGUGCAUACGUGUUACAGUAUUCCGCAUCGUGUUUUUUAGUUUUUUUUCGUAACAGAACAGUAAGUAUGUAGUUUUUUGGCCGGGGUGGGGGGGGGCAAUGCAACAUUUCAGUGUCUGCAAUCGCGAGAAGAGCUAUUUCAAGUCGGCCCAUUCGACUUGACAACGCUGCAGUGUGUCUUGUCCUCGUGUUUACUGACUCGCACUCUCUGAGUUUCAUAUUUAUUUAUUAUUAUAAAAAAAUCCUAUUGAAGUGGCAGCAGAUUAGGAUGGUAGUAUAUCAUACGAUUUGUGUUACUGUUAGUUAUUUGGUAGUUGUAUUUUUUUAUAUCAAUAAAAUAGUAACAAAUAGUAGUCAUAACUUUUGGCUCUGUUGACCGCAACAGUUGAUAUAUCUGACAGAAGCAAGGAGGCAAUGGUAUCAUCAGCCUUGUAGCUUGAUGAGCUCUUGCAAUUUUUUUUGUACUGUUACCGAUCUUUUUUUCUACACCUGAAAUGCUCUUGAUCCCUUAAAACACAUCGCAGAGGCAGAGAGACUCUGGAGUUAGGAACAUGAGCGACCUAGGCGAUGCAGUAUUGUGCACACUUUAGUUGCAGAGAACAUUUUUAUCAUUUCCAUGCAGUUCUUUUGGCGGUGUGCAGCAUUUCACUGACCAGGCAGUCGCUGGUAGGCCUGUUGCUUUGCGUUUGUUAUUUAACAAAAAAGGAAAUCCUGUAGAUUACAAUGGCCAUCACCUAUUUCUUGCCGAGCUUUCUGAACGUUUUUUGUGUGCGUGUCGUAAAAAGCUGUUGUUCUUUUGCAUGUGCGCCCGUCUUUUAGUACGUGGUCGUUGUCAUCCGAGGGUGGGCGAGUACACUCUGGGGUGGGUGUCGCCUUGUGCGGCCCACCCUGCUUCCGGAGCUCAGCACUGUGGGUAGUGGCCUCCCGACUUUGGACGCAAAGAAUGUGUGCACUGCCCGACUUUUCAUCAGAUGCACACUGCGGCGAGGAACCUACCUUACAUUUAAUUUCACGUGUGCCCAUGGCCAAGAGGCUUGCCACUUUGCAAUGGCCCGCCAAAUGAUAUUUAUUCAUCAUUGUAAGCAUCCUAGCUGCACUAAUCGGGUACCCGAGAAAUAUUUUUUGACCAGGUAAUUCUGUUUUACAAUACUAGCAUGCUUGGUCACUACUGUCAAUUCAAGGGCCUAUCUAUCCUCGGUUGAUGCCCACGUCUGCUUUUGUGUUUGUUGGUUAAUGAUAAGGUGCGUGUUAAUGUGUGGUUGCCUGCCAAAGGUAUUUGAAAGUCCUGUCCGGCCCUCUGUAAGUUAAGGGCUUCCCCCAUCCCUGCGAUAGAGCAACGUCCAAAUUGUGGAUUCCACGUAAGGCAGUUUGUGUCAGUAUUCAGGGUCCUGUCGCCUCUUUGGGGGAGAAGUAAUUCGGAACCAACUGCCCCCCCCCCACCCUUUAUUGACUUCGCCCCGAGCCGUCUUGCGAGCACUCGAAAGCAGUGCGCUGAUGCGAAGGGGCAUCAUACACGUCCCCGGAAUGUUCGUUGGGAAAGUAGCGCUGCAGGAGGUGGCCAGGUGGUGGCUCGGAGCACGGAGCGCUGAGCUGGCACUGCUGAGAUCCUGGUUUCAAAUCCAGAUUUUAGCUGCGAGUCAACCGGGUUCUCAAGUGCAGUGGUUUGAUGGUCUCGGUCUGCUCACCAAUGACUGCACUAAAAAAAUUAUCGUAUUCAAUUUAGUUUUGCACUUAAUCUGCUGGAAUGCGACUGAUAACAAAAACCACAUUGGUUCUGCUGGAAUGCGAUGCGGGAAAGUGGGAGCGGUUCAAAUCACAUGCCGUGAUGCCGUUAGCACAAUAUGAAAAACAAUGGGGGAUUUCAUAUAUUUUUGUACAAGUGGAAAACAACAUUGCAGCGGUUGCAGCCUGCACUUCACGGGAUGCCUGCAUUCACCCCACUUUCAAUCAUUUUCCUGGGAACAAUAAGUGUAAGUGGCUGGGCGUGGGAGCCCAUGAGAGCCACGGGGUCCCAUUGCCCGGCAUUGGAUAACCCAAAAUGUAAUUCCUCUUUGCUGAAAAUACGUUUUUGAAUUGAAUCCAUCCUCAGCGAGAACCUUUUCCAGGUUCGUUCCAUGCAGUGUUACAUUCAGUUUCAUUCAACAAUAGGGGCGGGGGGGGGGUGUGAACAAUCCACUCAAGGAUCAUGUGGAUUGUGUUUCCUGGCACCUGCUUGUCAUUAAUUUUCCUGACUCCGGCAGAACAAUAAUGGGCCAAGUUGAACUCGCGACCGUCCUGUUGCAAGUAAAAACCCUCUGACUACAGCACCACCAGGCCGGAUAUUCACAAGGGUGAAUGCGAUAAGAUUGUCUUCUUUUGUUCCUUCAAAAAUGUGGAUCAGUUUCCAGGAAGCAUGUCCCUCAUCGCACUAACCUAAUUCGCACAUUCUUUAAUUUCUCGCCACUUGGGGGGACGAGAGAACAAAUUCAUCGGAUGCUUUCGAGCGCUGCGCACGUCAAGGCCGUUGCUUUGGCACUGCGAGCUGGCAUGGAACAGGAAUUAUGAUCGGUUUGUCUCGGCGGUGUGUUACACCAUCACAGCGGUCGCACCUGCUCCCGUAAUUCUUGCCUUUAAACUGUAGCUGGCGAGUAUGGAUAAGGAUUUGCAUCCGUAGGGCACUUAAGGGCCUCUGCAUCUCAAAGCGCCUGAUAUCAUCACCUCUCGACCAUCCCAAUGCCCGUGCUUGCAGCCGAGCCAAGUGCACCCUCGGUGGCAGCGGUCCCCGUGUGGCACAAGGUUUCAUCAUAAUGUAGAAUUUAAUGGGUCAUUCAUUCUACUUGUACAGCCUUUUGGUCAGUCCACUUCUGAAGAAGGGCCACCCCAUACCUGUGCAGGUCCUGAGAGAUAUUUGACCACAUCCCGAGUUCACCAGCGUGCUGCACUGCCCUCUACUGCCCACUAAGGCCUAUGACAACCUGUUUGUGUGUGGUGGUCACCCAUCCAGACAAUUCAAGCUCAAACCCUGCUUAGCUUCUGGUAUCUGACAUAAUUUGGAUGUGCCAUCAUUAAUUAGAUUACCACGUGAAAUAGCUAAGAUCAUACUGAAAACGUUUGGCCUUCCAUCGCCUGUGGUGAAAACGCUCGCUUAAGUUCAUUAGUUUCUCUGUUCACUUUUUCCCCGUGUGCGUUUCUCUCUCGGUACCAUGUUUAAGUAAAAAAAAAAAUCGUUAAAUGUCUUCACUGAAAGAGGCAACGUACACCUUGAGCCACGGUGGAUUAUUGUAGGUUAAUAUCUAUUACACUUUCGUUUUACAUGCUGCGAAUGAUAUGGUUUCCUUGAAGGCACCUUGCAAUGCUCUCGUUUUUGCAUGCACUGAAGACUGAGUAACAUGAGUAUACACCAAGACUGAGUAACAUGAGUAACAUUACACUGAGGUCUGAAUCCAAUCCAGUACCGACAUUGCCAGGAUCACACGUGACAUGGCCAUCUAUUUACCUUGAUGGUAUUAACGUGUAACGGUUACUUGCAGCAACCACGCCUUAGUUUUACCUUUAAAAAAAAUAACCUUGUAUAUAUUUUUUUCUUUUACGCAACAGAAUAGCGGCUCAAAUUUGUUAACGUUCGAAACGUUUACGUAAUGUUUGGGGGUGCACGCUCUUGUUGCGCGAUUAUUUUAUGGUUGUGUAAAGCGGGUGCGUCUGUAGUUGAUAAUACAAUGAAGGCUGUAUUUAGAUCGGUUCAUUGGCAUCGAUUUACUCGAGUCGUGAGUAAAGUCAAAGUACUCUCCUUACUCAAACAAGCAUUUGGUUGGCGCUCAUCUCUGCUGGUGAACACUGAGUCACAGUGGGAGUUGUACGUUCCUAUGCCAGAGGACAGUCUAUCUCUAGGAACAAUCAUUGUGUUGACUUACUGCAAACGUAAUGUACGUUUUUAAACGUUUGCUCGCGAGUGCUGCAUUCUAAUCACAGCGCCACUUUGCCACAUUACCGUGUAAUAAUAACUUGCCGUGUACAAAAGUAAAGAAAAAUGCUGAUGAGAAAAAUUGGGCACCUUCUGUACGGCGGGGCGUCUGCACGCUCACCAAUUCGUCACUGUAUAGCGGGUGGCCGCCCUAAAAUAAACGGGCUAAACCUUAAGUGGCUCAAGCCAAGUUGUUUUUAUUUUAUUUCCAGUGAUGGUCAACAGCUUUCUGCAUUGACUAAUUGGGAGCAUGUCAACGGCCACCUAAUGAAAUGCAGGCUCGUGGUUUGGCGACUAAAGCCCCAUUUUUGCUUUCUGACGGUGGCCAUUGACAACGCGCCGUUCUAUAAUGAAGGGAUUUGAGCUUGACGACGGCUGCCUAUGAAAGUCGGGUUUAAACCAGGUGAUGAAAGCCCCGUGUUUUCUUUAAAGUGAUUAAACAUGUCUGGCUUCAAACUAAACGCCACACGCAAGCUAGCCACAAUGCAUACUCGGUGUUUGUGCAGUCGGGUAAGGCUGUCGGUGUUCACUGGAACUGACCCUACGUAGCGUUGCUUUGCCAUGUUCCUGACUUUCUAAGUGUUAAAAUUACGGUCCUCAUGUUUUCCCCGAAUGGGUGAUGGGACUCCUUUGGGAGGGACGUCCGUUGAAUGUUAAGUAGUCUCGGGUUACUAAGGUUGUGAUAACGCAGGGGUUCACCAGCCUCAUGAUACAAUGAUAGAAUCAUGCAUGUAGAAUGGAUUAAUUUUCUUUCCGUAUACCUUGUAACGAGUUGUCGCGACCGCUGCAUCUACUCGUGGCCGCCAGAUCACCACAAGAGACAAAUCUCCACCCUGGAUCUGGUGCAUCGAUGCAUCAAAUCAUCGAUUUAAUAUCGACCGUCAAGCUCGCGUUACACGUGUCAAAUCAUGUGCUGUAGUUAUCGACGUUUACAUCUUGCUUGCAGGCACUUAGAGCGGUGAUCUUCAUCGUAAGGUCCGCGGGCCCCUGAUGGCCUUUAGCAUGGCCCCCGACAAUACGCAGAUGUGAAAGCAACCCCCAUCAUCGUGCUGUCACACCCCAACGGUUGAAAAUGUGUGGUGGCCCUCACACUGAUGUCUUAUCGGCGAAACUGGGCCCCCUCUGACAAAUGGUGAAGAACACUGCACUAGAGGUGCUACCGUACACUGCAAUAUUAUAUUUUUUUGUAGAUUGCAUCAUUGAAUCGUGAUCCUUUGUCCUGACCUGACAAUCGAUACAAUCGCCAAGUGGAGGGGAAUGAUUUCCAUGCCGAGUGCAUACCUAUUAUUGUAGCCACAUCUUCACAAUAAGCAGCUAAUUUGUAUUAUGUUUGUAUGUCUGGAGAACUCCUCCAGCACCACUCCACCAGUUUGAAUGGACAAAAUGUCAUUUGAACGUUUUGUACGUGCAGUUCGUAUAAAUGAUGGCAAUUAACCCCCAUCCCCAAAAGAUAUAUUCAAAUCAGCCGAUUCAGUUAAGCACUGCUUUGCCACUCCCGUUCGCUAUAACUGAUGUGGCCCAGUCAUAAGGGCAUCCGAUGCUUGUUGCAGAGGUUUGCAGUUUGAAUCCAGAAUGCUGCCCUAGUUGGUAGCGAGGGUGUUUUAACCGUGAAAUACUCCGCGCGCCGCCUGUUUCGCAGUGGAUGGUUAACAUCCUGUGGUGUCGUUUAAGUAAGAGUUGCGCCAUUGUGCGCCGCUUUCGUGGCUCAAAAUCUGCCAGGUUUAAACAAUUACUUCGCAAAUUCGUCAAUUUGGGAAAAACGUGGCAAUCGUCGCCCCCCUACUGCAAGCAACUUGGCGAGACCCUUCCUGGAAAAGGGUCUCGCACCGUGAAUGGAGUUUCGCAUGCUUGGGGCGGCACUCGCCGUGGAAUGUCAACGGUGCUUCCCACGAGUAAUCUGUCAGGCUAAUGAAAGCUCGGCGGCAGAUUUUGGUAUAGCUUAACAUGCAUUGCACCACCUCUGUUUAUAUCAAAAGCCUGCCUAGUGCCCCUUUGUGGUUUCUCUGAAGACUAGCACGGCGUAAUAUUUUUACGUAAAAAAAGGGCACAUUUAAAUAAAUACCGCAUUCCACAAGCAUCUGCCAGAUUAGGGUAUUAUUACAUUUUUUUUUACUUUAUUUUGUUAAUAAAUGCACCAUUUAGGUGAAAUCCUGGUCCUUCGUGCAUGUCCCUUUAUAGUUCAAUGAUCAGCUGGGAAUAACACAAAGGGGGGGGGGGAUACUUGGAUCGUGUAACAAACGCAAAUUAGAGAUGUCCAUAGUGUAACUGUUGAGAAGAGUCUGCUUGGGCAGCACACAUCACCAGAAUUAACGAUGAUUGGAAGAAACUGGUGAUGGAAUGGCAGUCAAAAGAGCGAAUGUGUCCGAGCGGAUGACCAUUUAGAGACGGCGGCAUGAGAUACAUUCAUGUGCAUGAGUGAGAUGGGUUGUAGCACGGAUUGUGUCACAGAGCCAUGAGAGAUGGGUAACAUAGUGGUGAGGCCUUCAUUCAGAAGUGGAUAAACAAUGGCUGAUGGUGCAAAUGAAGCGUGUGCGUGCAACUCAAAUGACUCUUCAGUUAUUCUUGAUUACAUCGAUCAAGCUUCAAGGAAAGGGAAUGAUCUUUUCAAGCCUCCACUGAGAUUGGGAACCCCCCCCCCCCUGCUUUGUACUUGGAAAGCGACCACCAGGGCCUGCCCAGUUGUUUGUGGGCAAUGGGGGCCGUAAGAUCGCCAGGAGAUGGCAGUGCUGAGAUUUACCAUCCCCCCCCCCCCAUAUUGCGUGGUGGGUUUUCUCUGGACACUUUUCCUCCGACAAGGAGACAUUCAUUAAUGUCAUUGUCCAACCAUCCCAGUGCAGGAACUUCCUGAAAAAAAAUUGUCCAGAGACUCUGUGAGAUUUUCUUGAGUGAAUAGUUGCAUUUUUGAUUUUUAAAAUGGUUUAGUUUCCCUCCACCUUCACCAUGUAUUGAUCUACACUGUGGGUAAUGAUCGGGAGUUUGGUGUGAGGCGUGGUGCAGUGAUGACGCUUGGAGGCUGCCAUCAUUUAUUGUGCGUUUUAUUUAUUUGUGACCCACGAUCGUGUUUAAUUUUGUUGUCGCCAUUGCGCCGAGGCAACUUUACGAGCAAGCAGUGUAACGUCGUGCCAGAGAUCGGGCCCUACUUCUGACGUUGCCUAAAUUGUCCUCUUUAUCAAAAAUAGGAUACCCUGCAAAGAGCGUCUUUCACAUAAAUAAAACCAAAAUAGUUCUCCGAGGUGAAAUGUACCAAAUUAAGUAACGAAAACGAACCAAAUGUAAUAAGCGUAAAUAUUGUGCAGUCAUUGGUGACUCAUUCUGAAACCAUCAAGUAGCAGAACUUGAGCACUUGGUUCUAGUCACAGGUGGCUGAACCCAGGAUUCAAACCCAAGAUCUCAGCACUGCUGGUUCAUUGCUUUGAAUUGGGCAACACCUCAUUUUCACUCUACAACUGAGCCAUGCCAAUCUGACUCGGCACAGCCCCCGUGCAGCCGUGGUGCUUGAUGUCGCGUGCAACGAACGUAGGUUGCGUCGGGUCCGUUAAUGUUCAACGAUUGACCCCUGGCCCGGCACGACCCCUGUCUUGUGAGGCCAGUUGUCACGGUUUGGUUCUGGCUCUGGCUCGCAAAUAGCCAGUGGGAAAACAGACCGGUACCGUGAGGGCCACAUGCUGGCUUGGCUCAGAUGUGCCAGUGGAAAAAGGGGCAUGCAAGUCCCGCUGAGUAACUCGGUCACUUCUCGUCUCUCGGUGUCAGCGAUGGGCUCAUUGAUCUGCACUCAUCCAGCGUUACGCAUGGAUUUACUUUGGAUGACGUUACCUUCAGUUAGUGUUUUUUGUCGCCUAGAGAGAGGCCUCCUAAUGAUCAUGUAAUGGCCAAUGUCAUUUAAUUUUUUUAAGUAUGCACACAGAAAUACAGUCUGUAUGUGUAUACAAACACUAUAUAUACAAUUGUGUACUUUUACAUGGUUCUCUGUAUAUGAAUGAAUUUGUAUUUAAUAAAUACGUGCACACAUGCCGAGUACAGUACUUACGCGUAUGCCGAAGUUAGCAUAGUGCAUUCGACUCCUUUCCUGAAGGAGAAAGAAUCUUUUGAGUGUCGGGUGUGGGCUUCACUUACAUUUCAAGUCGUCGUAAUUGAAUUGCACUGUCACUUCGACGAUUUGGGCUGCAGUGAUGAACGAAUAUUGACGAAUCGCGACAACGGACACCUUGACGUUUUGUAAAAAAUGCGAGUUGCAGCUUUUUCAGUCUCGUGUUCCUCCCCUCUUGAGUUGGCGUGCGGUGGGCGGCAUAGAUUUUCCCAGACGUUUGUGGCAUUGGCCCCGCUGGAUUCGCAAGUCGUUAAAGAGGUCCAACGUUUUGGCGUUUGUACAUUUUCAUCCAUUUUUUUUUUUAAUAAGGCUACGAUUUUGUCACGGGAGGUCACGGUUGGGGGGCACGGGAUUCAUGAAUUUGAAUGACGUCUGCGAAAUCUUGGAAAUGGCUGUAGAAAACCGCACGUCCUUUAUUUCCUUGCAUGGAUGCCGUACAUAGCGGACGGAGCGGGGCGGGUUGGUGGCGGCAGGGUCGGUGGGAACAACCUCGCCUUAUUUCGUGAAAAAAAAUUUGUGGUUAUAAUUUUUUCUUGCAUCGGAUAUGAAUUUUACAAACAAAAGGUUACCGUGCCAAAAUUGUAGCCAUAAUUCAAGGGGGUGACUGCGUGCCGAAUAGAGAGACGCUAUUAAACACGGAGGCAAUGUCACCACGAGAACUGUAGUAGCUAACAAAAAAUAUAAUAAUCUCAAGUUGUUGUGGUCCCUGAAGAGUAAUUGAAUACCGUCCGUGUGUUCUGCAUGUAUACAAGCGACAGGAAACAGCUUUGCACUUGACGCCUAAUACUGACGUGUUCGCACAAGCCACCCGGUGUGGAGGCGGUUACGGCACCCUACAUUCAUGCCGUUGCUUUUUAGCUCGAGGCAUGACCCGCUGCUGCUGCUGCUCACGUGAUACUGUGUAGAUUACACUCUUGCGAGAUGCUAUCGGUUUGCGCGCACGCGUGACUUUCCAUUAAAAUCAUCAGAACACGUGUUUUUAACGGGAGGUCUCCGAUUUAACGAGCGACUUUUGAGACGUUGCGGUCACAAAGCGAGGUACGCAGCGAAGGCGAGUGGGCGGGAAGAUUUGCCGGGGCGAGGGGCACGGGGAGUGGGUUGAAGGAUUUGUUAAAGCACUUGCAGAUAUUGGUUGUCCUUUCUUUUUUUGAGUACGCACAAGCGUUAUAUUCAUGCCUACGGAUACUAGAGCAUUCCACAACUUUGCACCUUGGUUGAACUCGGACAGAAUGUGACGUUUGUGAAGUGGAUCUGUUGUAUUGCAAAAAACGCCAGAUGGAUUAUCAGUGCAAGCACCUCGUGGGGCAGCAUUAAAGCCGGAGUCGUGGUCUGAUGUAGGUUUUUUUUGUAUGCCCACAUGCCAGUUGUGGUCUUUGGGAGGUCACUUGAAUUGGGCGGUGUGCCAGUGAAUUUUUCAUUAACUCCCUUUGCCGCAUCAGACAUGGUGCAUGUUGCUGGCUAUCGAUACCUUUUUCUCGUAAUCGCAUCGGAAGCUUCAAUACGAGCGGUACGUCUGGCUGGCAGAAAGCACCGUGGCUUCGACUGUCACCGGUUGUACCUACUUCACAAACAAUGAAGCGGACAUCCCAAUUGGCACGACUCUAACGCUGAAUGAUAUCACGAUGUACGACAUUUCACAAUACUGAAUUCAAUGCUCCUAAUCAGUAUGGGUUUUGUAGUUUAUUUUGCAGUCUAGCACAUAGCCUGUGUCCGGAGUAUUAAGGUACAAGAAGCUCUUAAUGUUUGGCUUUCAUUAUCUGGUAACUACACUCAGCAUAGGAGUGGGUAUGAGAACGUGGAGAUUUACACUCAACGAAUAUAAUGUCAGAAGUGGUGGUUGGGCUCCAAUGAGGAGGCGUUUGACUACACCAGCUAAGUGAUGUAGUUUCUUUGCAUUUCCAAUAAAUGGAGACUUGAAUGAAACUGAA